AUGCAGGACGCCUGGACUGCUCGCAAAGCUGAGGAGAUCCAAGGCUACGCGGACCGCAACGAAUGGAAGAACUUCUUCUCUGCGAUCAAAUCUGUCUACGGUCCGCCGACGAAGGGCACUGCUCCUCUCCUCAGCGCCGACGGCAACACUCUCCUGACUGAGAAGACGUAAAUCCUGCAGCGAUGGGCCGAGCAUUUCCGAGGCGUCCUCAACCGCCCCUCCGUCAUCUCCGAGGCCGCCAUCGAGCGUUUGCCGCAAGUGGAGACCAACGCGGACCUCGACCUCCCGCCACAUCUCCAGGAGACCAUCAGGGCCGUGCAGCAGCUCUCCAGCGGGAAAGCACCCGGAUCGGACGCGAUCUCUGCUGAGGUCUACAAGCACGGAUGUCCCCAACUGAUGGAUCUCCUGACUGCGCUCUUCCAGGAGAUGUGGCGUCAAGGUGAAGUCCCGCAAGAUUUCAAAGACGCAACCAUCGUGCAUCUCUACAAGCGCAAAGGGAAUCACCAAGUCUGCGACAAUCUCCACGGCAUCUCCCGACUGAAAAUCGCCGGGAAGAUCUUCGCACGAAUCCUCCUCAACCACCUCAAUAACCAUCUGGAACAGGGCCUUCUACCGGAAGGCCAAUGCAGCAUUCGUCGUCAUCGUGGGACCACGGAUAUGAUCUUCGCCGCCCGUCAACUUCAGGAGAAGUGUCAGGAGAUGCGGACCCACCUGUACUCUACCUUCGUGGACCUGACGAAAGCCUUUGACACGGUGAAUCGUGAAGGACUGUGA